AUGAAGUGUACAUCAAUUCUUCGCGAAAGACCUAAGGGUGCACUUAUCAAGCGUUGCAAAGCAUUGAUUAUAGCCAUCGAUCCAGAUCCAAUAGUCAACGGUCUUGGAGCUGAUCAAUCCACACAUCCAAUUAAGAGAGCAGAAAGAGAUGUGGCACCACCAAAGUACAAUGCAGGACCACCCACAAGCGGAGAGAAAUGGGUGGCUCUCUUGAUCUCUCUUCUCUCCGGAGUCCGUAACAAUCAUACUAAGACGGUUUUCGAUUCUCAAGAACAAUAUACAGGUUGGGUUAAUAUACCGGGCAGUUAUGCGACGAACACAUUCUUUUGGUUUAUCUCUGCGAGAGAUCCGACAGAUCAACUUACGAUAUGGUUAAAUGGAGGGCCAGGCUCUAGCUCGAUGAUUGGACUUUUCAAUGAAAAUGGUCCUUGUGAGGUUAUUGAAGUAGCACAGGGGAAGUUUGCGACGGAAGCUAGGGAUUGGGGCUGGGAUAGAGCUUCCAAUAUGCUAUAUAUUGAUCAGCCCAACCAAGUUGGAUUUUCAUAUGAUACGCCUACUAAUUGCUCUCUCGACCUUCUCACGUCCGAUCUAUAUACUCCACAGCAGACUCUCCCAAAUUCGCAGCCGGCGGAUACAUUUUUAAAUGGAACGUUUAGCUCCCUGAAUGUCAAUAAUACGGCCAAUACUACUGAGAUAGCAGGGAUGGCCAUAUGGCACAUGCUUCAAGGAUUCCUUGGUGCCUUUCCACAAUAUGCUCCAAGUAACAGUUCUGCUGUGAACGUUCACUUGUUCGCAGAGAGUUAUGGCGGAAAAUAUGGCCCAUCUUUCGCAACCCUUUGGGAAAAGCAGAACGAGAAGCGUGCAAACGGCACGUUAUCUCAAAGCACAACCAUUGACAUCAAACUUAAAUCACUAGGAAUAGUCAAUGGUUGUGUGGAUGACUUGAUUCAAGCCCCUUAUUAUCCUAAUUUUGCUGUCAAUAAUACCUUCGGCCUCAGUGCUAUCAAUCCUACAAGGGCAAAAUUGGCGACUGCCAACUUUUACGCUUCUGGCGGCUGCAAGGACCUAAUUACACAAUGUCGAACCGCUGUAGAAAGUCAGGACCCUACAAAUGAGGGCAAUGUCUCAAGUGUUAACAGUGCUUGUUCCAAUGCAUAUAACAGUUGUUUAACGAACGUGCUGGAACCAUAUUAUGACGCUGGAAGAAGUGUGUACGAUAUUUCCCAUAAUCUUCCUGAUUCAUUUCCACCAAGUACAUACCUUGAGUAUCUCAAUACUGCUGAAUUUCAAUCUGCUAUUGGUUCACCAGUCAAUUACACCGAGACAAAUCUGCAAGUUGUUGCUGCUUUCACAUCCACCGGCGACUACGAGCGUAAAUCUUACGUGCCAGAAAUAGCUGCGCUCGUAAAUUCUGGAAUUCAUGUUGGGUUGAUGUACGGUGAUAGGGAUUACAUUUGUAAUUGGCUUGGUGGCGAAGCUAUAUCUUUAGCUGUUGCAAAACAGGUUUCUUCUGAAUAUGCCUCCAAGUUUCCAGCCGCUGGCUACGCUCCUAUCAUAACUAAUAAUUCUUAUAUUGGGGGUGUUGUGAGACAAUUUGGAAAUCUCUCCUUCAGUCGCAUAUACGACGCAGGUCACAGUAUCCCGGCCUACCAACCCGAGACCGCUUUCCAAGUUUUUGCCCGAAUCAUAAUGGGCACCUCUCUCUCAACGGGAGAAACCAUCAAUUCAUCAGUCUACAAUACCACUGGUCCCCUGAAUGCCACUCAUACUACAAGUCUCCCACCAUCCCCAACAAAUACAUGCUACCUUCGCAAUAUUCCCGGAACAUGUACGGAAGAUGAACGUCAGAUGAUCAUUGCUGGGAAGGGGGCGAUUAUCGAUGGAGUACUUUAUAGUGAUUCCUCAGAUUACAGUGCUCCUACUAGUACUAUAACAUCAUCAGGUUCUGGAACUGCUAAGCCUGCCUCGGUUACCACCACUACAGAAAUUCUCACAGGUCUUUUCACUGCCACUGCUACACCUAGUCCUAGCAAAUCUUUUGCGAUUCCGGUAGCAAGAUUAGAUUUCGGAAUCUUGUCGCUAUUUGGCGCAAUGGGAUUCUAUUCUUUCCUCAUCUGA